CCUCCCGGCCAGGCUUCCUGGCUGUCAAACGGUGGCGCGGGCGCGGGUGCAGACGGAGAAACUCCGGGAUGCAGCCUUCCGGGAGGGAGACUUCUCGAAGACGAUGCUGAGCGGGUAGAUCUGAAACUGGGAGGGAGAAAGCCAGAUUAUUGGAGGCUCCUAGGAUGCUCCGUGGCAUGACUGUCCAGCUCAAUUAAGACAGGGUGUGUUCCAGUUUUUGCAUCGCUUCAGGGCCUUCCAGAAACUGUAGAUGCAAAUUUGUUGAACAGCCAACCUUGCCAUUUCUAGUAGAGGCUGCCUGCGUUCUGAAUUUUGACUACUUGGGCAGUGCUCAAAGCUGGAAUUGAACACAGUAGAGCCAGAGAGGUGCAUGGCUCAGGAGUGGAAAGUGAUGAACCCUUGAAGUGGAAGAGGUGGGACACCCCCCCAUGCUGCCCUGCUUCCAGCUGCUGCGUAUAGGGGGAGGCCGGGGCGGUGAUCUCUACACCUUCCAUCCCCCAACUGGAGCUGGCUGCACCUAUCGGUUGGGAUGCCGGGCUGAUUUGUGCGAUGUAGCCCUAAGGCCUCAGCAGGAGCCUGGCUUCAUCUCUGGGGUCCAUGCAGAGCUGCAUGCUGAGCGCCAAGGUGAUGACUGGAGGGUCAGCCUGGAGGACCACAGCAGCCAUGGGACUUUGGUCAAUAAUGUCCGACUCCCAAGGGGACACAGACUGGAGUUGAGUGAUGGUGAUCUCUUGACCUUUGGCCCUGAAGGGCCUGCAGGAGCCAGCUCCUCGGAGUUUUACUUCAUGUUUCAACAAGUCCGGGUCAAACCUCAGGACUUCGCUGCCAUUACUGUCCCUAGGUCUAGAGAAGCUGGGGCUGGUUUUCAGCCUAUGCUGCCCCCACAGGGGGCGCCUCAGCGGCCCCUCAGCACCCUCUCCCCAGCCCCCAAGGCCACACUGAUCCUCAACUCCAUUGGCAGCCUCAGCAAGCUCCGGCCCCAGCCCCUCACCUUCUCCCGCAGUGGGGUUAAGCCACAGAGCCUGCCUGGUCCCACCCCACCUGGAGAAGUGGGAGCUGUACCUACCCCACCCUCAAGAAACCGAAGGAAAUCUGCUCACCGAGUGCUGGCAGAACUGGAUGAUGAGAGUGAGGCUCCCAUGGGCCCCCUUCCAGUCCUCAUGGAGCCCAGGAAGAAACUUCGCAUGAAAACCCCACUGACACCCAGUGCGAGGUAAUGACCACAGGGAAAGGUCCACUCCUGUGGACACUGACUCAGGACUGGAGCCCUCAUGGCAAAGAUGAUAGAAGAUGGUUUUCUACCGAAGAUGUUGCCAUUGCCAGCAAGUUACCAGUGAGCUGGAAAUUCCCAAUUACAAGUUAUAAAUUCUUGUUGCCAUAGAAAUCUGUGGCCAGAAGCCAUGCCUAGGAAGAUAUUAGAGGGAGUCCUAAUGGUUUUUUUGUUUUUGCUGAAACCAACAUGUUAAGCCACUGAGUUACACCUGCACCUCUAGUCAUGAUCUUGAAUGGCAUCACCUGAAGCAUCCUGGGAAAACACAGCACAGCCCCCAGACAUCCUCACACCGCCGUGGCUAGUCCUGUCCCUGCAGUUGACCAUGAUCUCAGUGUCCUGGCUUUUUUCAGACCUUUGCUUUUUAUUUCCAAAUAAAGAACAGCUUCACCUGUGUGUUCCCUCUU